AUGCUUUGUUUACGCAGCCUUAUCACACAGGCCAGAGCUUUGUACCAAUGGCUAGAAGCAGACCGCCAAGGCAGGGAUCCUGAUGCUGCAGCCACAGGUGAAAACUUUGAGCAGAGCCCCCUGAAGAGGACCUUCAAGUCCAAAGUUCUGGCACGCUACCCUGAGAAUGUGGAGUGGAACCCUUUCGACCAGGAUGCCGUCAACAUGCUGUGUAUGCCUAAAGGCUUGUCGUUCAGGACACAGGUGGACCAGCGUGACCCACAGUUCCACUCCUUCAUCAUCACGAAGGAGGAUGGCUCGCGGACCUAUGGCUUCGUCCACACCUUCUACGAGGAGGUGACCAGCCCACAGAUCUGCUCUGCCAUGCAGACCCUCUACCAGAUGCACAAUGCAGAGCACGCCUCCGCCAACCCCCCUUCCUCCUCCUCCUCCUCCUCCUCGUCCUCCUCCUCCAGCAUGGACUCUCUGGCCAGCAGUUUAGAUGAGGCCGACUCCCCCACCUCCUCAUCCUCCAUGUCUUCAUCCCGCAGGACGGGUGGCUAUGACUCAUCGCGGGACACCCUCUACGUGUCCAAGGCCUUGUGUCUGAUUGCACCCAUGCCCUUCAUGCACGCCUGCCGCCGCUUCUUGUCGCAGCUGCACAAGGCUGUUACCGCGACCACCGCCCCCCCGCUGCCGCUAGAGAGCUACGUUCACAACAUCCUGUACGAGGUGCCACUGCCGGCUCUGGGACGCUCUCUCAAGUUCCACGGCGUUUACGAGCCCAUCAUCUGCCAGAGACCCGGGCUGGGGGAGCUGCCACUGGCUGACUUCCCCCUCGCAGAAGCCUUUACGCUGCUGGGAGUGGAGAACCUGGUCCAGGUGUUCACCUGCACCCUGCUGGAGAUGCAGAUCCUGCUGUACUCACAAGACUACCAGCGGUUGAUGACAGUGGCCGAGGGAAUCACCACCCUGCUGUUCCCCUUCCAGUGGCAGCACGUCUACGUUCCCAUCCUGCCCGCCUCUCUCCUCCACUUCCUGGAUGCUCCUGUUCCCUACCUGAUGGGCCUGCAGUCCAAAGAGGGCACCGACCGCUCCAAACUGGAGCUUCCUCAGGAGGCCAACCUGUGUUUUGUGGACAUUGACAACCAUUACAUCGAGCUUCCAGAGGACUUCCCCCACUUCCCUAACAAGACCGAGUUCAUUCAGGAGCUCAGCGAGGUGCUGCUUAGUUUUGGCAUACCCACCAACACAGGAGCUCCACCACGGACCCGCUCCAGUCCCGGCAGCACUCCCGGCAGCGCCCCUUCAACCCCUGGCAGGGAGCGCAAGACUGUCGCUCUCCGGCAGCUGGAAGACGAUGGGCGUAACGGCAACCUGGCUGGGGAGGAGCUGGCUGUGCUGGAGCUGCUGCAGGGAAACGCCACGCUUGAGAGACUGCAGGCGCUCACCAAACGCACUGGGGUGACGGUGGCCCGCGUGGACGCCCUGAGAGCCGGAGUCAAAGCUCAGAGCAUUGAGGGGCAAGGGGGCAGGACUGCGGCUGAAGAGGAGGAACUGAAGAACGCCAAGCUGAACGUCCAGCUGAGGGAGGUGUUCGCCAGCCGCUUCACCACCAUGUUUGCAGACUACGAAGCCUUUGUCAUCCAGAGCGCCCCAGACCUGGAGUCCUGGCUCACUAACAGGGAGCAGAUGCACAACUUCGACAAGGCCUCGUUCCUGUCUGACCAGCCGGAGCCCUACCUGCCCUUCCUCUCCCACUUCAUCGAGACACAGAUGUUCGCCACCUUCAUCGACAACAAGAUCAUGUCCCAGUGGGAGGAGAAGGAGCCACUGCUCCGAGUCUUUGACGCUCGCAUCGACAAGGCCCGCCUCUACAACGUCCGUGCUCCCAGCCUCCGAUCUUCCAGCUACCAGAGGUGCUCCAUCCUCAAGGAGUCUGCUCAGGCCAUCGAGCAGCGGCUGAUGAAGAUCGACCACACCGCCAUCCACCCGCACCUGCUGGACAUGAAGAUCGGUCAGGGCAAAUACAAGCAAGGAUUCUUCCCCAAACUGCAGGCCGACGUGCUCAACACGGGGCCGACCAACAACAAGUGGUCUCAUAGGACAGCAACAGCUCAGCGAAGGAAAGACCGCCACAGACAGCAAACAGAGCAUCUGACCCUCGACAACGACCUGAAAGAGAAGUACAUGCAGGAGGCCCGUAGCCUGGGGAAGAACCUUCGACAGCCCAAACUGUCUGAUCUGUCUCCCGCCGUCAUCGCCCAGACCAACUGGAAGUUUGUGGAGGGGCUGCUGAAGGAGUGUCGCAUGAAGACCAAGCGUAUGCUGGUGGAGAAGAUGGGCCGGGAGGCAGUGGAACUGGGCCACGGUGAGGCCAACAUCACUGGACUGGAGGAGAACACUCUGAUCGCCAGCCUGUGUGACCUGCUGGAGAGGAUCUGGAGCCACGGGCUGCAGGUCAAACAAGGGAAGUCGGCCCUGUGGUCCCAUCUGCUGCACUACCAGGCCCGAGAGGAGAAGCUGGAGCAGCUGGCAGAGUCACCAGUGUCACAUGUUCCUGAGAGGAGGAAGUCCGAUUGUUCCAUAGCGAUGCCGUCUCUUCGCGUGUCUCUCAUACAGGAUAUGAGGCAUAUCCAGAGUAUGUCAGAGAUAAAGACGGAUGUGGGACGAGCGAGAGCCUGGAUCCGCCUGUCUCUGGAGAAGAAGCUUCUCUCUCAGCACCUCAAACAGCUGCUGUCCCGACAAGCCUUAACUAAGAAGCUGUACAAGCGUUACGCCUUCCUGCGCUGUGAGGAGGAGAAGGAGCAGUUCCUCUUCCACCUGCUCUCUCUCAACGCAGUCGACUACUUCUGCUUCACCAGCGUCUUCACCACCAUCAUGAUCCCGUACCGAGUUGUCAUCAUCCCUAUCAAGAAGCUGAGCAACGCCAUGACCACCUCCAACCCCUGGGUGUGUGUGUCAGGAGAGCUGGGAGACUCUGGCAUCAUGCAGAUUCCCAAGAACGUCCUGGAGAUGACCUUCGAUUCUGCUUUCAGGCCUCACACGCACAUGUCCGCCUUGUUCAAGUGUCAGAACCUGGGGAAGCUGACCACCGUGCAGCUGGGUCAUGAUAAUGCUGGACUCCUGGCUAAAUGGCUGGUGGACUGUGUAAUGGUGCGCAACGAGAUCACAGGACACACCUACAGGUUUCCAUGUGGCCGGUGGCUGGGUAAGGGCGUGGACGACGGCAGCCUGGAGAGGGUCCUGAUCGGUGAGCUGGUGGUGCCCAGCGGAGAGGAGGAUUUUGGGAGAUGCUGCCGCACUCCCCCGCUGCAGCGCUCGCCAUCCCAGACCAGACGCAUCAGCAUCACAUCUCUGUCAGGACGAGGAUACAAACUGACUUCAGGCCAAAUUCAAGAGGCCAUCGGGGAGGCUGUGAACAACAUCAUCAAACAUUUCCACAAGCCAGAGAAAGAGAGAGGCAGCCUGACCGUCCUGCUGUGUGGAGAGAACAGCUUGGUGGCAGCUCUGGAACAGUUCUUCCAUCAUGGCUUCAAGUCUGCCCGGCUCUUCCAGAAGACUGUGUUUGUGUGGGACUUUGUGGAGAAAGCUGUUGCCUACAUGGAGUCAGCUGACCAGAUGGGGGACCUUCAAGAGACUGCGGAGCCCCUGGGGAUGACCUGUCAGUCACUCUGUCACUAUGUCAACGCCAUCAACUCCACCCACAGGAACAUUGGCAAGGAUGGGAAGUUCCAGCUGCUGGUCUGCCUCGGAGCCAGAGACCGUCUGCUGCCCCAGUGGCUCCCCCUGCUGGUGGAGUGCCCGGUGAUCCUUCAGAUGUACGAGGACACGGCCCUGCUCAGAGACCGCACCACUGUCAACGCCCUCAUCGGAGUCCUGGAGACGCUCCACGACUUCCCCAUCACACUGGAAGCCUCGCUGGUCAAAGGUAUCGACCUUUAACCCCAGGAUGGACCACCGGGCUGCCACAUGUCUACAUUCCCCUCACUACCACCAACUUCACCCACUGUUCCACUUUUAGCCAGUUACCUCUGGGAUUGAGGAGAGGGAGAGAGGACAUGAGGGACAAGAAAUUAAAACUGACGAGGGGUUUGAUUACCAAAGCAAUGUGAGAGACGUCAGGGCUUUGGAUGCAGUAUUAUUACCCCACCUGUGGCUCUGAAAGACCCUUUUAAUUAAAUUACAACCAAUGCUUAGUCACGUUUUAAUUCAUUAACUACAAAUACUUCACAUUACAAUUUUCCAGAACAUGCCAUUAAUUUUCAGGUUGAUUUCCUGCCUUUCAUGCAGCCUAUGGUUACACUGUUUGUCAUUACACUAAACGUGAAGCAACAUAAAGCUUGCUGGAGAAAUGCAAUCCAUAACAGUAUUUUGUCAUCAAAUCCUAUUCCAUACCCUGACACAGUGCUUGGAAGGAAGGAAAUUAAUCUGGAUAAUUUAAAGUGCGCUGAAAGUUGCGGACAGUAACACACACUGAUAUAAAGAUAAACGGGAUGAAAGAGUGCAAAACCACCCGUGUGGUUCUUUAAAAUGUUAGUAGCAGCAACAGCAGCAGCAGACGUGCCUGUGUGCUAGCUGUGUAGCCUAGCCCUCCUUCGGUAGGUACAACUAGACAUUAACUGCGUUAUAAACUCUCUCUCUUUGCUUUUAACUGGUGAUUACAGCGCCACUACCCCCACACCCUAGUUAGCGUUAGAAAGCAUGCCUGCGGGAUGUGGAAAGAAGAGACGACCUCAGGAAGAUACUGAGUGAUCGCUGAUACACUGGAACCAGGAUUAUGGCAAAGAUGGCGAUGUGACCCUCUUUUAAUUCUCUGGAGGGCGUUUGGGCACUUUCUCCACUUUUAUCCUGCUGUGUCUGACUGUAUGUAUGUGUGUGUGUGUCACAUUUCAAGGAUGUGUGUGCUCUGGUGUGUUUGCCCUCAAUUUAUUUUUAUAUCUGCCAACUUAAAGUUUUCAAAGUGAUCAACUGGUUUCUGUAGUGUACUGUAACACUGUGUGUGUGUGUGUGUGUGUGUGGGUGUGUGUGUGUGUCUGUCUGUCCUGGUAAGAGUGUGUGUGUGAUUCGUGCCAAUAUCGUCACUUCAGGAACAGCUAAAUAAAAAAAUUAAACUAAAUAAUCCUAACUGAAGGUCAAUUUACUACCUUUUUCCAGUGCUCUCAACCUAAUUGUGUCACACGAUGGUUGAAAGCUCUGGCAAAGGCUAGAAAGCGGACCUUGAGCUCAGAUUGUUUUGUCAAACUACCAUUCCCAAGAUCAAGAUUGAACUUUUACACAAGUAAGCUAAAUGUUCCUGUCUAUGGAACAUAUAAUGCACCAUUCAUGUCAUAUGGCAUGUGGAACUACAAGCUCCCAACCUUGAAAUACAGAAAAUUCCAGGUCAUAAAUACAGAUUGUCAACCAGGAGGUCAGAAAUCUCCAUUUUUUACUUUCUGCUAGAUGAAAAAUAGGAAAUGUCCCUUUAAAUCCAGACUUUAAUUUAAACGUUGGGCUUGUUUUCUUAAAUCCUGCUUCACAAUGUGACAUCAGGGCAUUUAUGUUGUAUGCAACAAUGUGUGUUACCCUUUCUAGAUUAUAAGAAGAUUGUCAUCCAGCUUGUGUCUGUGUGUUAGGAGUGUUAGGAGCUGGAGUCAGGAUGUUGUUAGCUUAGCUUAAGAAGUAGUCACUGUGCCUGUCUGACUGUUGUUUGCCAAGAAAUAGUUCCAGUAUUUUCCUCCUCCUUAAACUUUCAGAUUUCUGUUUAUACACAGGUUAAAAACCAGGUAUUUCCUGUACCUAACACAUCUUUAAAGUUGUUCCUAUGCAUAUUUUUUAAAAGGCAGUCUAGCUGUUUCCCAGUCUUUACGCUAAGCUAGGCUAACCACAUCCUGACUCCAGCUCUGUAUGUAAUGCACAGACAUGAUCCAUCUUUUGAUUUCACUCUUGGAAAGAAAGCAAAAAAACAUACUGAACUAUAUAUAAGUUUGUUAAAGCUGUACAAUGACAAUUGUCUGGUGCAAACUAACAAUAUACAGCAAGUGUCAGAGUUCAAACUGAUGGAGGUCUUUAAUGUUCAGGUUGUGGAAAGGUAUAAUAGCUGCAGUAAUGACAUUUUAAAGGAUAAGGUUGGAGUUAUCCUGUUUUUUUUAUUGUCAACAUUUCACAUAUGAAGUUUCUUAAUACUUUAUUACUACCCUACCCUUUUGGUUGUUAAAGAAAAAAUCUUUCAGAACACAUCCCAAGUAUAUAGUUUAAUUUAAAAGGCUCAGUAAUUUUGUGAAGCAGCUGGUCACUGUAGUUUUUUACAAACUUCACUCAAACAGGAGGAAAUGCAUCUUUUGACUAUUUUCAGUGGUGGAUUAUUCCAGAGUUGGUUCACAAGUGGGCAUUUACUGCCCUAGGACAUGUUUUUCCACGGAGGGUUGUUUGUUUUUGGUGAGGGGUAUUUCUGUGGGAUUUGUUGACAAUAAGAAAACUACAGAAUAUUAGCCUUUAGUUUAACUGUUAAUUCCCAUAUUAUAUGAAUGUAACACAACCUCUAUCAGGUAUAAAAGCAAGGAACAGGCUCUAUCUUUUCAUCUAUGAUAUUAAGGAAUUAAAUUGAAACCCCUUCACCUCCAAACACACAAACUGCCAACAGAACUGUGUGGAAAUUCUAAUAACUAUUGUUCUCAGACGGAUUUUUAUUCCCCCUUUAAACUUUUGCUGCAUGAGAGAUUUUGCCACUGUUGCCACUUACCGCCGUCUAAAUAAACCCUUUCUGAGGAGUGGUGUAAAUAUUCUCAUUAGUGCAUGUUGACAUUUAGACUGAGCUGUAUUUAUUGUGACCCUCUCUAAUUAACGCUAGAUGAGUUUUGAUAGGACAAAAAGUGGACAUCUUUGCAACCCCAGUUCCCCGUAGUAUGUUCACUGUUUCCUGUAUUGAGUCUGUGAAGGACGCAGCCUAUCAUGGUUUGUUUUGAAUGUCUUGAGUUCGUGUAUUUAUUAAUUUAGUAUUAAUCCGCGGCAGGCUGACAGCAGCAAAGGUAUUUUAAGGUUGGUGAAGCCUGUGGAAUAACUGGAAACAUUCAUGUCUUUAAAACGGUAACCACUAUUUCCACUUCAUGUGUUUCUAUCGUGUUUUAACCUCUGUGCUCCUGCUGCUGUGCCCCCUGAUGCCUCACCUACAGGACUACCCACAGCUCCAAAGCACAAUAACGGAUUCCUCUGUCUCGUCCUGGAUUUGUUUGUGUACAAAGUCUUUGCUGGACUGACUUCUUGGAGGCUUUGUGGACGAUUGAGAGUCCUCCGUAGACUACUGCACAUUUUGCUUACUGGGUGGAUUUGUUACAUGAACGUGUCGUGUGACGAGUGGUAUUAUUAACCCUGAGUGGAUCUGCUCAAACUGGAAACAGGAAAUGUGACAGCCAUGAUGGCGGUGGCUGCAUUUCCUGCUGCUGGCAAGACUGCCACCGGACAAAUAGAGUCUCGUCUGUGUUGGACUGACUACUAUGUUUUGAUAUUUAUUAUGCCUAUUUCAAUAAAAGCAUCCACUGUA